GACUUGGAUAAAGCGAUUCAAGAUGGACAUAAAAACCUCUCAACCGGCUAUCAACAUUAAAAGCCUAGUAACUGGCCUUUGUAUUCUCUAAACAACAAACCAAAUCCCACUCUACUCUGCGGGCCAACUGAUGUUCAAAUACACCCUUAUCAUGUUAGAAAAUGUCUGAACACUCACAGUGCUGUUUUUGUUUACAAAGUACCUAGCAGUAUCAUUCUUUAUCAGACAAGAAAGAUAAUUUAUACAAGCAACAUAUAUAUCCCGUAUUUUUUAAAGCUAAGCUUUACAUCCAAGCGUUUGCUUCAAAGUUUAAUUAAUGGGUCUCUAAAGAAUUAUUUCAGAAAGUAGUUAGUGUUCGGCAAACCUGACGCUAUCAUUUAUCUCCGUCGUCAUGUGCAUACAUUUACGGUCUCUGUAUUUUUGUACUUUUGUUCACUAGCGUUUUCUUGCAUUCACAUCACGUAACUCUACUGCAUUUACUAAUCUAGGUCUCAAACCAUCUCACCAAGAUGUUUCUAUAAUGGGAAAUUCUGGAACAUGUUUAACCGAUUACCUGAGCGUCUGUGCUCCUGAGAAAGUUCUUUUAGUCAUAAGCUUUUGUACUGUCCUUUUGGGUUUUGUUCUUAUUGUUUCAGGUGUUUGUAUCACUCAGCUUAGUGAUGGACCGUACGCUCAUUUGUCCAUAUCAUAUUCAGCUGUCCCUAUUGUGUUUGCUGGUUGUGUUACACUAUUAAUAGCCAUUGUUAGGAUCGUUUCUACAAGUAAAAGUUUAAGGGAAAUGAAUUUGACUCCCUGUGAGUUUGGAAAACAAUGGAAUAAAAAGGAGUCUGUUUCCGAGCCUAUUUCUUACAAUCUUCAAGAAAACGCAUAUAAUGUAUUUUCUUUUGCAAAUAAAUCGUCUGGAAAUUUUAGCUCCAACUCAUUUUCGGAUAAGAAGGUUGAUCAUAUUCCCAUGCCUGUAACAAACUAUCAUCAAAGAUUACCAAUGCCUCCAAGGCGAGCUGUUUUGUAUUAGGUCUACUCAACUUUUAAUGUAACACUGAUUCGAGAGUUUUCUGUAUGUUAAACAUCUUUUAUUUCAAGUUUCAUCAUUGUUUCUAUUGUCAUGCUCCGUUUUAGAAUUGUAUUUGGUUGUACCGCGACAUUAUUGUGCAUGCACUGUUUCUAAUUUUCAGAUUUGUGUUAUAAUCAACCCAAUAGUGAUAACUUGGUUGAAUAAAGUAAAUCCACUUUUUU